AUGGGCAACGAGCUGACAAAGUUCGCGUGCAGCGAUUGCAAGCGCGAGUAUUUGCCCUGCAGCGAGUUCUCCGACGCACAGGUGGAGAAGUGUGAGGUUCAGGAGCGGAAGAAUCAGGAAGAGGCCGUCAUCAGGUUGCUAGUCGCGACUUGCAAAGCCUGCGUCGCCAAGGCCAAGGAGGCGGAGGCGGCCAGGGCUGCCGAAAGAGCUGCAGAGGCCAAGGCGGUCGCUGCAGAGGUCACGUGGGAGCGGGUAGUUGUCACGCUGGAAGCGCGUCCCUUCGGGAUGACUCCUGCGAGCUCCUCCGAAGGAGGCGCCGCGGGCUACCGGGUGGCCAAAGCCUCCGAGGGCAAGCCGGCCUGGGCGCAGGGGGUGCGGCCUGGCUGGGCCCUGGCGUGCGUUGGCGAGCAGGAUGUGAGCGGCCUGCCGCUGGCGGAGGCCCAGGCCGCCCUGAAGGAGGCCGCGCUGCCCGCGGAGCUGGCCUUCGACGUCCCGCCCGCGGGCUGGCACUUCUGCGUCGGGUGCUGCGCCGCGCAGCCGCCGGAGGCCUUCUCGCGGAAGAUGCUGACGAAGCCGCCCGAGAAGAGGAGGUGCUCGGAGUGCGUGCAGGUGCAGGAGCCGUAG